AUGUCUGCUGAAAAUAAUCAGCCAUCAGGAUCAUCAUCUCCUCAUUCUCCCACAGCUUCCCCACAUUCCACACAGACCUCAUCUACAGAGGAAGAGAAUACUGAAAUAAAACUAGAUGAGGAAAGUUUUCAGGAUGAAUCUCUAUUUCCUACAGAGGAAGAGUAUCUGGAGGAGGAAGAGCACUUGGGGGAGGAAGAGUUUCAGGAGGAGCAGGAGCAUCUGCAGGGGGAAGAGUAUCUGAAUGGGGAAGAGCAUCUGGAGGAGGAAGAGCAUCUGGAGGAGGAAGAGUACCUGGAGGAAGAAGAGCAUCUGCAGGAGGAAGAGUAUCUAAAGGGGGAAGAGUAUCUGGAGGAGGAAGAGUAUCUGGAAGAGGAAGAGCAUCUGGAGGAGGAGUACCUGGAGGAGGAAGAGUAUCUGGAGGAGGAAGAGCAUCUGGAAGAGGAAGAACAUCUGAAGGGGGAAGAGUAUCUGAGGGAAAAAAUGUAUCCAUAUGAAGAGUUGUAUAAAAAUUAUCUGGAAAAGGCCAUAGAGUUUGUUUCAAAUGAGAACUUCUGGGAGACUGUAUCCGAGGACCACAUGCAGGCUGAAGACUUUGAGCAAAGUUUUCUCAACACCUCCUAUCAGUCAAUUUUUAAGACAAUAGUCAAAGAAAUGACUGCUCUCAACGAAGUGGAUGGGGACGUUGACAUUCCCCUGAGUAACCUAAUGGAAAGUGGAAACAGAAGGAAACUGGCAACGCUGCUGAAGAAAAAUUAUGAAAAGUACAAGGAAGCAUUACUAUGGUUCAUGAAGAAACGUGAUGGUAAGCCCCACUCUGUCGUUUUCCAGCCCGACUGUCCUGAACAUCAAGGUGAUGGAGAAUUUGUUCUCUAUCCCAAUAAGAAUGUCUUCCAAGUUCUCUUUCCUGAUAAGACAGGCCAGAUAUAUUAUCCAUCAGGAAACCUGGCUAUGCUCAUCUUCUGUGCGAAAAGCGAAAUGUUCACGUACAUCGUCCUGGAAGACAGUAAGAACCCGCGGGUCCGGGCCCUUAUCAACAACUCUGGCCAUGCCACCUUGUAUGAUGAAAAUGGAGAUAUCUGGGUAAACGUGAACCUCAACCUGGGCUACUACUUCCUCAAAGACCAACAGCAGAAGGCCUGGAACUGGUGGAAUCUGGACAUCCACAUCCACGCACCCCCUUUCCAGCAUAUCUCCCUGAAAAUCAACCAGUACAUCCAGGUUCACAUAAGGAGCCAGGAUAAGAUCAUCUUCCGCUUUGCCCACAAAUGGAAGCGGAUAUCUAUAAAUAUGGGCACCAAGUAUCAGUUCAUAAUCCCGGAGGUGCUGAGUGAAAUGAAGAGCAAAGCAAUCCUGGAGGUGGAAGCCAGGCCCCUGGGUCGGAAGAUCCAGAUCCUUCUGGGAAAAAUAAGUAAGGUCCUGAGUUACCAGACUAUUUCUGAUUUGGAAAACUUCAUAGAAGACGCCAAGUUCUUGCUAACAAACACUAACUCAACGAACAGGCAGUCUCUACCCUGGUAUUAG